GUGGAAAUCAAAGUUGGCUUUGCCGCUGGCCAUGGAAGCCUUGCUGGCUGAACAGCCUGACAGCCAGGAGGCGCUGGCAGAGCGGUGUCUUCAACUGGAAGAUGCCUUAGCGAGCGCGGCCAGCGUGGACUGUUUCGAGGAUCUGGCGGAUUUUGCCAUCCUGGACCUUCGCGGGGAAGGCUUGAGCGCCCUGCCGGAGAGCUUCGGCCUGCUGGAGGCCCUGCAGGGAGUCAGCCUCUCCGACAACCAGCUGACAUCUUUGCCAGAGAGUAUAGGCCAGCUGAGACAGCUGGAGGAGCUAAAGCUCUCCAACAACAGGCUGCAGCUUCUGCCGAAAAGUCUGGGAGAGCUGCGGGGCCUAGAAGAGUUAGACCUGGCCACGAACUUCCUCUCCUAUGUGCCCCAUGUCGCGAAGCUUCGGGGCCUGGUGAAGCUGAGCCUCGCUGGCAACUGCUUGGCCGGCGACGCUUUGCCUCACUUGGGCCGGCUUCAGCGGCUGCAAAGGCUCGACGUUUCUGUGAACCAGCUGGAGAGCCUUCCGGACUCUAUCACACAGCUGCGCAGCUUGGAAAUCCUUUGCGCGCACACCAACCAGCUGAAUGCGCUGCCGGGAGAUCUCGGGCACCUCAGCAAGUUGCAGGACUUGGACGUGAGGUACAAUGCCCUGUCCGAGCUGCCCGAGAGCGUGUGCAGCUUGGCCUCAUUGACCUCGCUCAGUGUCAGUGGCAAUGCUUUGCAACGACUACCGGAUGGCGUAGAACAUUUGGUGACGCUGCGGAAUCUGAGCUUGGCACAGAACCAUCUGCUGGACUUGCCACCGCUGUGGCGGCUGCGGAAGCUGGAAAUGUUGGACCUGCAGGACAACCUGGCGCUCACGUCCGUGCUGGAAAACCGGUUCCGGCCUGCCGUCUUAGACCGUUGCUCGAGCAGCCUGGAGCUGGCGGCGCUGCUGAAGUUCGGCGCCUUGCGCGACCUGCGGCUCGGAACGGUUGAUUCGAAGCCAGAGUUGCUGAAGAUGCUGGAAACCGACGAGUUGGAUCUUUGCAGCAUGCAGCUGCGAUGGAUACCGCCAGACCUCGGCGGCCUGAAGCUGCUGAAGCUGAAGGCACGGCAGAACCAGCUCCAGGCCCUUUCCGCGAAGCUCUGCCGGUUCCAGCGGCUGCAAGUCUUGGACCUCUACAGCAACCAGCUUACAGGUCUACCAGCAGAGAUUGGCAAUCUGAAGUCCCUCACUGAGUUGGAUGUGUCGAGCAACCUCCUCCUAGAGCUGCCUCCCAGUCUCGGGGAUCUCAGCUGCCUGGUGAGGCUGGAAGCUGGGAAGAACAAGCUGUCGGACUUGCCCAGCAGCUUGACCAAGCUGUCCUGCUUGUCCACCUUGGGGCUGAGGCUGAAUCCGCUUGAAACUCUGCCGGAGAAGCUGGACGAGCUGCAAGCCUUGAAGGUCUUGGACCUCGGCAGCACCCCCUUGGGCAAAUCGCUGCAGCUGCCACAGCAGGGUCACUGCCCAGUGCGCCGCAGGUUGUACCUCAUGCACAAGUAUGACGCUUUGCGCAGCAUCAAGCUGUGCCGCUCCCAGCCGAGCAGUUUGCCCGAAGACUUUGAUGCCUGGGGACGAGGCCCGCCGCCAAAGCCGCCCCCUGCUUCAGUGCGGGCGAAAUGCGCGGAGAAGGAUUCCGCAGGCUAUCACCGGUUCUUUGGCAGCGGAUACGGUGAUGAGGACAUGCCCUGCUUCGCCAGCCGACGCUCUGCGGUGGAAGAGGCGGGAGACAACAUGCAUCUCCGGAAGGUGCUCCUCGACAUCGAAGCGCAGAUUCGCCGUGUGAUCCCAGGAAGGCGCGUUUUGAUGGCACUGGCCCAUGGUUUCGUUCAGAUUUUCUGGGGGGCAUCUCAGGUUGGAGGCAGCUGCAAGCCGCCAGAAGCUCUUCAGGACACUGUGCCGACAAUGGCACCCGGACAAGCGCAGGGAUGACCCCGAGUUGGCCACGCGAGUGUUUCAGUGGCUGCAGACGCUGAAAUAAGGUCGGUGCCUUCAGCAGCGUGUGGAUCUAU